AUGAACUGCAGACCUGUUCCACGUGCCGCCAGAUUCUAUAGCCGUAUCCGGAACCCCAUUGCAUUGUGGACUGGCCCUGUACGCAGAGCUACUCGGGUGAGAGCCUUUACAUCUUCGGUAAAAGCAAUACCCUCAUUGCGGCCAGAAACCGAGACGGGAAAUAGAACUACGAUCACGAGAUACCCGAGUACACAGGUCAGAAUGGGCAGCAAGAUCACCGACUGGGUCAAGCCCGGCGACACGAGCGGCGAGUUCAAGCGCCAAACCAGCACGUUCCGGGACCAGAUCUCGGCCGAGCCCGGCGCAAGGUUCCCGCCCGAGAAGGGCCGCUACCACCUCUACGUCAGCUAUGCGUGUCCGUGGGCAUGCCGGACGCUCAUCGUGCGCCAGCUGAAGGGGCUCGAGGAGUUUAUCAGCUUCUCCGUCGUGCACUGGCAUAUGGGCGACAAGGGAUGGCGCUUCCCGACCCCCGAAGAUAAGGACGCCGAGGGAAUCAACGUGACCCCGGACCCGGUUCCCGGCCACGAGAAGAAUACGCACCUGCGCGAUAUCUACUUUGGCGUGUCGCCCGACUACUCGGGGCGCUUCACGGUGCCGCUGCUGUACGACAAGGUGCAGAAGACCAUCGUGAACAACGAGUCGUCCGAGAUCCUGCGGAUGCUGGGCACCGCCUUCGACGAGCAGCUGCCCGCGGACAAGGCCGGCAUCGACCUGUACCCGGCGAGCUUGCGCGGGGACAUCGACGAGGUUGGCGAGUGGACCUACGACCUGAUCAACAACGGCGUGUACAAGAGCGGGUUCGCCACGACGCAGGAGGCCUACGAGAAGAACGUCAAGGCCCUCUUCGGCGCCCUCGACCGCGUCGAGGAGCACUUGGCCAAAGGCAAGGGCCCUAUUACUUCGGGGACAUACAACACCAUCAUCCGCUUCGACCCAGUGUACGUGCAGCACUUCAAGUGCAACAUCCGCGACAUCCGCUCCGGGUACCCGGCCAUCCACCUCUGGCUGCGCAACCUGUACUGGAACCACGCGGCCUUCAGGGACGCCACCAACUUCCUGCACAUCAAGAACCACUACACCAAGAGCCACACGCAGAUCAAUCCCUACUCCAUCACGCCCGUUGGCCCGCUACCCGACGUCCUGCCGCUCGAUGAGGAGGUGCCUGCUGCCGCUGCUGCCGCCGCCGCCAGGGCCGCGAAGGUCUGA